AUGGGCAUUGGUGCCAGUAAAUCUAAAGAAAGUAAAAGGGGAGCUACAACCAAGCUGGGCAAAGGUGUGGUUAUUCCGGAAGAUACUGAACCUUAUCCAGGAUUUCAAGUGCAAUAUCACAUGAUAGAUGUGCAGGUGUGUGUUUAUAAUGUGACCACAUUCAAAUACACCAGUAUUACGCCGUCACCCUCUAUAAAGCGAUCACUCACCAAAGUCCCAGAAAUCAUUUCCUGGCCUCGUUAUUAUGUUCAUUUACCUGAUAUUAAGUCUUACGUUUGUCAAACCUGUAUUAAACGGUCAACCUGUAUUAAGCAUGUCAGUUAGUGACCGCUUAAUGCAGCCUUGGCUGUACCAAGCUUGUGUUGUCGCGGUUUUAAAUGCUACUUUAGGCAACUUGACACCAAUCAACCUGAUGUAUAGAAAUGCAGGCAAUCGGUAUUCACUUCUCGCGAACUGGUCUACGCACGAUCCAUACGCGAGGUAAUUUUCGACCAAUUUUUUAACCUCGCUUCGCUAGGCGUUAUUUCUAUUAUCAUUAUUAUUAUUACUAACUGUAAAUAUUAAAACACUAGCUGUUAAAAGACAGAAUCAGUCCUUCUUUUCAUUUAUGAUACGAUACAGGUUACCUUGCAGUCCAAUAUGGGCUUUAACUUUGCACCCGGAACCACAAUGGUCAGUACCAAUAUUGAUUCGUAUUACCCAACAUUGGCACAAGCAUACAGUGAUGGAUACAGACUGACCAAAUUUUAUAGGAUCCCAUGGGCAGCACAACAGCAGGGCUUUAUGUCUACAGCGGUUGAUAUUCCAUUUCAAGGCAUUUUCAUCAAGUGAGUAGUUAUUUUAAAAUGUAAGUAAUGCAGAGGAAUUUCAAACCUUUUUCAGAAUCAUUAGAGCGGUUUUUCAGAGGAAAGGCUUGCAAAAGCAUGUGCUUUGUUGACCUCUUACUUGGUUAUUCAUCAAACACGAAUUGUCCCAUUAUUUUGUCCCCUGAGGAGAAAUCCCAUAGUGAUUCACGAUCACUCAGAGUAAACAAAAUAAAUGCAUUCAGUUCAGUCUCUUAACAAAAGCUCCUGAAUUAAGGUUUAUCUUUCUAAAAGACGUGAGCAGCUUCAUAGUCCAAGCAAUGUUUCAGCCUUUGCGAACAAUUUUGGUCUCCGUUUCUUAAUCCCCUCCUUGUUUUUUCUUUUCUCGUCCUCUAGUCUUCUAACAUUUUCAAGCGCUCCGACGUGUGCAGUAAACUAUUUAGAGUCCACUCACCAUAUCGGUCUAGAGGUUUCCUCACCAUAAGCAUUCACCGCUCAGUCUCAUCCUGUUGUUGCUGUGACAAAACUGCCCAUUUCCUAGGUAUGAAAGUUCCUGCUGCAGGGCUGCAGUCGCGAUAAGCUGGUACUGGCACGCUCAUUAGACGAUCUAUCUUGUUGUUCCUGCUGCCAACAAAACGGCUCAUUCUUCCUACAAAAAUUACACAGGGGCUCAGUAAUAAGAAAGAUUCCAAAGACGAACUUUCUUUGAUAGCCUACAUAGGCCAAAGACGUUUAAACUCUUUUAGUUAUACUGACCACGUUUUGACAGUUUGGACUUUCUCAGGAUUAGUCUUUAUUCUGUCAGACGACACUACGUGUCCGAGAAAAGCAUCGUCCUCUCCGGCUAAGGAAUAGACACUUAGUAGGCUUCAGUUUCAAACCAACAGCUCUUACAUCAUCAAACACAAACCGGCUGAGGUUUAAAAGGUAGACUCCCAGUCUAUUAUAGGGUUCAAAUACACUAGACAGUGGGUCGAGCUAAGGCCACUGAACGUUAAAUUCAUAAUCUAGUGAAGCUAGCGGGUUCGUUUGUCAAUCCAAAGGGCAUUACUCUCCACGAGAACCUUCCCUGGGGAAUUGAAAAAGAAGUCUUGAGCCUAUUAUCGUCUUUUACUUGCAUCUGUCGGAUCUCUGAUAACAGAUCCAAGACAGAAAACCUCUGAGCUCCACCCAAAGCCUCUAGCAUGUCAUAUUUCCGGGGCAGUGGUAUCGCAUCCUUGAUUUUGUCAACUGGUUAAGUUUGCGGUCGGAUACUGACUGAAGAAAGGACUCUGGUAAACUACUAUUAAGAAUAUUUGAAUGCCCCUGUUAUUCAAAGAAGUCAUUUCAACCUUGUUAGAAAAUAUCGCGUAGUUAGAAGUGUAAUGAUUUAAAAUAAGUACAUACUUAAAAGUAUGUGCUCAUUAACUGCUUCCAGCCCUUCGCUGUUGCGUGUGUCACAGAAAUGCCAUACUGAAGAAAGAUCGGCAGAAUGAAUGCCUUGUAAAACUUAAGCUGAAUGUGUCCUUAGAGACAAUGUUGCGGAACCGUAACAUUACAUGAAACUGAUUAUUAAUUUUCUUGCAAACAGUAGCGAAACAGUAGUGACACAGGACUGGACGUACUGUGCGUGCGUUGACUACUUCAUUACGGGCUGCGCGGUCGAAGUCGUUUCAGGUUUUCUUUCCAGCUCACGAAUCUUCAUUCUUCGAUCUUCUUCAUUCAUUCCAAGAACGAGUUCCUUGAGCUCCUUGAGCUCAUGAAUCUCGCCGAAUCAUACAGCAUCAACAAACUUUAAUCUCCUCAACAGUUGGGACAAAGUCGCUUACAAAGUUUUACGAGUAUUUUCUAAUCGAUGAACAAUACGAAGAGCCUCAACAAGUGACUUUGGCUGGUUCAUGAGUUCUCAUUUUUGCAAUUCAUCGCUGAUUGCCACUGAAUAAGGCACUUCAACUUUGAACGAAUAAACUGCCUAGGUAGGCAUUUUCCUCCAAUUCUGUCACACUGUCAGCGAAUUCAUCCUUUUAGGCCUUUGACACUUCCUUUCGUUUUAAUUGUCCAAUUGAAACCUUUCAACAAGCUUUUGCCGUGAAUUGUUUUAAGAUUAGCGUCUCUAAAAGUUUUAGGGCUCCACUGCUUUCACUGUGCUUUGUUGUCCGGUUGAUCGGGCAGGGUAAGCAAAUACGACCAACGAUCUGAAGGUUCGAUAAGUACAGUGUUUGCAGACUCAAAGUCCUGAAAUUUGCGACCCAGUUUUUUAGACCUGGAAAAAAGGUAUGAAAACUUAAGAUAAAGUCUGGAAAAAAGUUAAAAAGUGUGGAAUUUUUUCAAAACUACAAGAAGUGAUUAUUAAUUUUUGCUUAGUGCGUUAUUUUUUCGGUAGUCAAAUUUUAUUUAAUCUCGUCCGUAGCCAAAUCAUUCAUGUCUGCAUUGUCAAAUGGUUACUGUACGUUUGCAUUGCAUCGCGGGAAAACCUUGGCUUCUUCAUUUAUCAAGUGGCUUAGCUUCUAACGAUCGUUCAUUCGUCAUUUGAUAACCUUGAGUUUGGAAAAAUUCUGGGAAAAAGUCUUGAAUUUUGCAUCCAAAAAUCUGUACGAACCCUAUACUACUACAGGAGAAACUUCUGCAAUUUGAUUGGCUUAGAGCAGUGAUAUUUUAGCUUAAUAUGAAAUACCUACAUGUGAAAAUUACAAACCUUUUGCGGUAGUAGUAUGAACAAAUAAUAGCAGGAUUUGUACGUGAUAUUUGGCAUAAAUACCACUCGUGAUAUUUCAAAAUUGUCUCAAAUUUCACUCGCCUAACAGCUCGUAAAAUUACGUAUAACAAUUUUGAAAUAUCACUCGUGUUAUUUAUGCCAAAUAUCACCACAAAUCAUGCUAUUACCUAUACUAAUUGACUGAAAAUUAUUUAUUUUGUUGUUGAUUAGUGUAAUUUCUUUAAAUUAUACAUAGAAUUAAAAGAAAACAUUAUUUUUGAUAAAGAAUUGUUUCGUUAGAUUUCCUGCAGCUCCUCCAAGUGGUGAGAACUGGCAGUUGAAAGUGGAAAAGUCCAUUUUGAAUGUACAUCACAUUACACCUGGAAUCCUCUCAACUACGUCUAUGACACAUGCAGACACUAGUGAUGUGUUAAAUAAAAUCACCCAGGUAUGAUAAUUCCAAUAUUUUUUUCUUAAUCGAUAUUCAUACUCACAAGUGAUGAUAGCCUCAGUUAAGCUCAAGUCGACACAGAGUGGUUAUCGCAUUAGACGUCCGUGGCCUCCAUUCAAAGAUCUUUCUCCUUUAAGUCAUGGUUUAUUUUGUUCGCGGGGGGUACUCCCCUGUAAAAGUGAGGGGAGUGCUUGUCGUACCUUCUAGGGGUUCAAAUUUUUGGAUUGGUACAGCUUUGGGUGCUAAAACCUAACAUGACUGCUGCCAGAUAAAGAUUAAUGACAAUACUUUCAAAAAGUCCUCGAGAAGAAAGUGUUCGAAAGUUAUCUUUAUUACUAUUAAAAUUUACAGUGCCAGUAAUAUGAUUUGUUGAUAUUGAAUUGGUACCUCUUAGGGAUGGAAAUAAAUUUGGGACACGUCCAUAAAAUAAGAUUCUGGUACCUUUUAGGUGUUUUCUCGAAAUUUCCCGAUGAGCGCCCUCCUCACAUUGAUAGGGGAGUACCCCCCGGGGGGUUUGUUGGCAGACUUGCCCUUCCACUGGUCUCUAAAUCCUUACUUGAAAUUCGAGAAAGGGUUUUAAAAACAGACAUACUACUAGGACUGAGAAUGACCUUUUUGAAAUUCCUUGUUUUUUUUUUUCCUCCCUGGAUCUGGCCAGCUGCCUAAAACUUACAGUGGCUUUCUUUGGAAAUGAGGAAUCUAGAGAAGUCGCGCAAGCUAUUAUGGGAUUGUUUGAGGGGCCAAGAACUUUGAAUUGUAUUGCGAUACUAGUUGCUGUUUGACUCGUGUGUAACUCCUCGGAUGUUUGUUUUUUAGUGAUAUUAUGUCAACUCCCACGGAGACGUUUUGCUAUUUUAGUGUACAGCUAUUGAAGAUUAGGCUGCUUGAAAUCAGUUAAGGGACCGUAAAACAAACAUUCGAAUAAAUUGCAACUCUGUCUUUGUUUCAGCGGUUGGAAUUACACUGUGUAGCAUAGACAAACACUUUAAAAUUUAACACCAGGUAUCAGUAGCUAUGUCUGACAAAUUUGUAUCAAUUGGUUUGUUUUGUGUAAUGGAACCCUGACUAAUCUGAAGAGCCUGGGGCAAAGACUGAAUUGGGCUGAGUGUAGAGCAUAGCCUUAUUAUUUGAACUCAUUUGAUCAUUCCAGCACACGGCCAGUGGCGGACAGUUGAUAUGUGUGGAAAUGACAGGUCAAGCAGUGUCUCCAGGAAUGUCUGCAGCUUUGGCAGAAAUGUCGACAGGUAAAACACACCUGGUCCAACUGAGCUCUUUUUCUCGUAGAUAGACCUUUCCCACUCUCUUGUAAACAAAGUCACAACUCGCAGCUGGGAUUUACAAAAUACAGUGAUUUGUUUGAAACUGUCUACCGGAGCCUCGACCUCCUUUGUAAGAUGCAGUCAUAUCUUUAUUAAUCAUAACUGUGACAAAAUUCUUAAAUCUGAUUGGCUAUCAACUGUCCUUAUUUCAGCACUAAUAGGAUCGUGUAAUAGGAAAGUAAGCGCCAUCGCAGUCGCGCACUUAAAAGGCUUUUUUUUCACAGCUGGCGAAAAAACUCUCGGAAUUUGUCAUGUUUUUUUAAUUUUAAUUUGAAAAGCCUAAAAUAUCACACAAGUUGUUAUAUUUAUGAUUAAUCGGCAACAAUACUUCGGGUCGUCCAAUUCGGUCCGUAAUCAUACUCGUGAAGGAACAAAUCGAACGACCGCAUAUUUUGUUGACUUAAGCCAGGAGCCCAUAACCCGGAGCGAGCUACUCCCAUACUACGCCUUUGUCAAGGCGUUUUUACGGACCCGUUUAUUUUUAGACACAUUUUAGAUCACUAAAUAGAAUCUCCAUCAUAUCUAUGAGCGCACUCGAAGUGUAUAUGAUAUCAAAAAGAAAAACUAAACGUUCUUAAAAGGCAAAAAUAUCAUUUUUUCAUCUGUAGGUUUUGCUGACUGGUUUAUGGAAUUUAAAAGAUAUUCAAAAUUCGCGCCAAAACCGUUCUAAAAAUAGACUGGUCUGUGAAAACGACGUGACACGAUCGCAUGGAAGUUGCUCGCUCCGGGUUAUGGGCUCCUGCUUAGGCAAAGACAGACUUUUUUGAGCAACGCACGUCAACCGGAGUGGGCGUUUUGCAUCCUUGGGCAGUAGUUUUACCGAAAUUUUCGCUAAAUCUUCUGUAUGAGAGAAAUACCAGUUAGCAGUAAAAUUUUGGUAGCGUUUACUUAUGUUCAAUGAGAAACCGCCUCACUUCCGGUUGACGUACGUCGCUCAGAAACGUCUUUGCUUAAGCUCCCUAGACCUUUUAACCGAUACGGCGGCCAUAUUGAAUUAAUUGGAUUUAAGGAGUAUUAUGGGAUGCCCAGGGGGCAUGAGCACGAUCCGAUAUACUCGCUUCAGUAUUUACGCGCACAUUUCGGGCCAAUUUGUCUUUAAGUUUUCCUAGAAAAAGAUUGUAACGGGAAAAAAGGUCGUUGUGCCGAGUUUGGAUGUAAUAAUGAUCAGGAUUAGACUCCAGUUACUCCUAUUACGAUUAUUAGUCAUAAACGUAACCGUAUUAUUACGUUAGUGAUUGUGUGAAGUUUAGUCUCUUGACAUCCAAGAGAACUGAUUCAAAAAUUGCGUACUUCACCACUGAUUUGUCGUUAUGUACCUCUUAAAUGGCAGUUCUUGAAAAGCCGAUUAGCGCUAAUCCAGGAUUACAAGUCUGUCCCACUUUUUGUAUUUACCUUCCUACGCAAUGCUUAAAGUAGACUACUGAGACUACGAGUAGUCCCCCAUUUUCCCUCAGGGAUAGUAGAGCGAGCGAAACGCGAGCGCGCGUGAAAAUCACCCUAUGCGAGAAAAGGCACACGCGCUCGCCUUUCGGUCGCUCUACUAUCCCUGAGGAAAAAUGGGGGACUACUCGUAGUCUAUGCUUAGAGUAACAUUUUGUGUUAUCAUUUCUCGUUUUCGAAGUAAAGGCACAACAGUAUUUUGAAAGCACGAGUUACACGUUCUUAUACAAGAAAACCUUGUUUAAAAUUUGGCUUAAUUUAAACUUAAGUAUCUUUCGAGGAAUUAUCGUGGGUAAUUUUUAGCUGACUUGAUGAUGUGUUUCAAUAUCAUUUCAAUGGCCUAAGCGACUUCAAACAAUGAAUGCGAUUCAAAUGAACGCACCCCACUGACAGCACAUAAGAAAGACAAGAAACCAUUAUCAACGUCCUCAUUUGCUCUUAACGUAAAGAUAGUGUCAUUUAUCUUUUUUAGGCAUAGGGGUCGAUUUAUUUUUUGACAUACCAACUCACCCAAAUCCUCGUCGCUAUGUUUACCAAGCUGUCAAUGUGCCUAUUAACAUGUCUAUGUCAGUUGGAUCUGUAACGGGAAAACUCAACAGAGAGGAUGCUUGUGAUUGGCAAGGACAGAUGACGACAUUACUUCAACAAGGCUGGCGAUUGGUGGAAAUUUUCUUCGAUCAAUCCAGCGCUGCCCAAGGCCAUGGCUUUUCUGCAACUCAGGCCUUCAAUUCUGUCUGGUUCUUCGAGAAAGAGGCUAGUCGAAUCGAUGAUCCCCGCCCUGUUUAUGAAGGUACAGUCAUAGAGUACGAACACUUGAUUGAAUUUGGUUUCGCAAAGUUGCAGUUACAGGAAUCUACAGCACAGUGGGAUUCAGUCCUCUCUGAGAUGGGAAAGCGUGGAUGGGAACUUGCCUGUAUCCUGGAAACACCAGCGUACAAGAUGUCGACGGGACUGUCAAAAAUGAAAAUGAAAAGGAAAUUUUUAAUGUUUUUUCAAAGAAAAUUGCCAGGGAUUUAA